AUGGAUCAAUCAUCUAUUACUCAUGAUUUUAGUAUUUCAUUGAUAUUUGCAAUUGGUUUUGGUGUUGCAGGUUUCAUUUUAAUUAUAUUAUUAAUUUUCUUUUGUUGUCGUAAAAGAAAAAAUUCCAAUCAUGAUCGUCAAUCUAACUCUAGUUCAAUUGAAUCUUUCGAUCAAUUAUAUUUUAGUAAAAUACCAUUUAAUCAAAUAGAAAAUGUUGAUCAACGUGUUAUUGAACGUUGGUCAUCAACUGAUCAACCUUCAAUGACAUUCUAUCGUGUUUAUAUGCAAGAUAAUUCUGAUAAUUUCUAUCAACCUGUAACUGAAAAACGUCUACAAUCAUCUAUUGAACAAUCGAAAGCAAUGGAAUAUGUUGGUCUUGAAAUGAAUUUUUUUUAA